AUGGACUCCAGUCAAGGCGACAGCGGCUUGAAAAUCACGGGUGGACAAUCUGUGUCAGUCGAAGUACCAAAACAGAAAAUGGUCGCAGCGGAGGACGAUUCAGAUGUCGCAGACACGAUCCCUCGAGUGGCUGAGAGUGGCUUCAAGCAGCGUUCAACACGACCGAAGCGCAUAUCUGAUAAGUCAGACUCUUUUUCGACUGAUGCUGUUCCAGCCCAAGAGUCAGACGUCUUACUGAAGUCGGAUGAUAGUCAGCAGUCCGAUGAUGGCAGCCAAUACGAUGCUUCUUCUUCCGGGAAGAAACCAGCAAAGCGUCAACUCCAGAAAGAGAUAACUCCAGCUAGUCCUAAGAAAGGAAGACGGCGAGGCAAGACUGAGAAGGCCAACAACACGGUGAAGCGGCCACGUCAACUGAAGCUCAACCUGGAGCAGUCGCACAACAAGAUCCGCUCGCAGAGGAACGCCAUCCAAGGCUAUAAAACAGCCAAAUUAAAGCAAUUGGAGAAACGAAAAGCACUAGAGCAAAUCGAGAGAUCUCUGAAGGAAGAAAAUUCCAAGCUUGAACAGGAGGUUCAAGACUUGAAGCGUCAGAUUUCGGCGCACGAGGCCACAAUUCAAGGGUAUCAUGAUGAUGCGCUCGAGCUUCUUGGAAAAGACAAAGCAGAGGCAAUGCAGGAUGAACAAGUAACCGAAGCCCUGACCUGGCUCUUCACCGAAACCAACGAAUGGGCCAGGACGUGGUCAACCAGGAGGUGGAAUGAUGAUGCGAAGGCCACGGUACGAGGUAUCCUCACCUCACAUGAAAAGGACGCGGGGAAAGCGUUCGCAACAAAGUGGCUGGUUGCGGCGAUUGACGAGGCUGUCAAAGACAAGCAAACACCACCGCCAAUGGUCUUUAACGCUCUCCUUAACUGGUUUCUCUGUGCUGAGACGUUUCGAAGACCGUUCGCACAUCUGGGCAGGAGCAUUCAGGACGCGGCAAAUAACAGUUUUGAAGACUGCAUGAACUGGAUCAUGGAAGCAGCGACUGAAGAAUGUACCGAAGGCUCCAACAAGUUAAGGGCCCGAAUCUGUAGCCUUGUCGACAAGCCUUCUGUUCUCGACGGAAGCAAGGCAGCCAAAUUAUCUUCGCGCCAAAAGAACAUGCAGCGCCUACGCCACAAUCGUUGCGAGAAGAUAGCCGCUCUAUGCCUGUCAAAGUUCAGCGUGGGCUUGCAAGAGGUCAGCGACGAAGAUGGGCAGAAGCGCCACAAGGAGAUGCUCGAGAUUGUAGAGGCAGCCUUACGUCUCUCUGCCAGAUUAUCAUCUGAGAACCCCGAAGUAAAAGUUUACUUUCUCGACGACCUGGGAAUGACCAAGUUCGACCUGAGACACAACCGAUUCAGGCCGCAUCGAAUCCUGAAGUUGGAUGACGAAGAAUAUGACGAUGAGGCACAAAGAGCCGAAGCCGAAGCCCUAGUUGGUCGUCCCUUCGAUAUGGUCGUGGAGCCUUGCAUUGUCAGACGUGGUGAUGCGAAGGGCCGAGAGUACGACAAGGAGCAGGUCCUGCACCGUGGCGUCGUUUGGAUGGUUAAGGGCAUGGAAAUCCAUCCGGAAGAGCUUUCGAAAGACGAGACAAGCUCCAACGAUCAAUACUCCAUGCAGACGAUGUCAGCUGCAGGACCAAGCCGCGGCGAUGGAGACGGAAGGUCAGCAGAAUCUGGAUUACAUCUUGGGAAUGGCGUUCAAGGUGAACCGAAUGAGUCUGCACCCCCGGCCGAUCGGGCGUCAAGCUACAAUCUUCCUCGUGCCCCCAAGCCACCUUCCAAGUACGGCUCCGAGGACGAAGACAAACCUUCUGUUGGCGAUAAAAAGUUCGUCAGCCGUGAUACGAGCACUUCGGAAAUUUCCGGUGGGCAGAUCCAUGCGAACAAUUCUCGUCGCUCCCACCAGAAACCUGAUCGGCCCACACUUACAUCCAGACAUCAUCCUCAGUCUACCGAUCUGCUCAAUGAUGGAAAAGAGUCGACUUCUGAAGCAGAGGAUGGAUCAGGAGGCUGCCAAACAGCUCUCGCGGAGUCAAGAACAUCCACGCCGAACACCGAUGCCCGCAAGAAGUGGGAAAGCUGUCCCAAGGGACAUAGCAGGAGAUCCAGGAAGAGUCUCGCCAGGGGGGCAUCUCGUCAGCAGGCGAAUGACUCGGGCAACAAUGCAGAACCACAGGUGAAGGAAGAAAAAGCGGAUAGUAGUGCUAAUGCCAGAGGAGCCGCCAGGAUUCGCAAGGAGGAGGCACCCCUAGGGCCUGUGCCAAACCAUUCCUCAGAGCUCUCCAGGAAACGCAAGCAUUCGGGUAACAGUACUAAAGAGCAGGUGAGAGAGCCAGAGAAUAUCGAAAGUGAACCACCAAGCAAGAAAGUGAGAGCAGCCACAACGGAAGUGCAGGCAGUGGCGAAGCAUACGUCUCGAUCACCCAGUCCGCCGUUGGAGGGCACUGCGAAGCCUCCUCGUCCCCAGGCCGACCCAUUUCAACAGAGCAACAAGAAGUCACAGCCAAACUCGCCGAGGAGCGUUCCAUCAAGAGUGCCAGCGUCACUGAUGGGUCCAGCAUUUGUUUAUUGUUUUGAAAAAGACGGAUUCAGCAUCAUCGAACGACAGUAUGCAGUCCAAGUCUUCGAGGAACCUGAGCCAGCCACAGAUUGGGCGUCGAAACACGGGCCGAGAGACCAGAUACCACUGGACGACAGGAAUCCGAACCCAGUGUACCAGACUGCCAGCCAGAGUGCACAAGCGAACAAGGCUGCGAAAUUAGCUAUUGAGAAAGAACUAGGUAUCCAGAGCAACACGCCAACUCAAACGAAUAAGCCAGCACAAACGAACAACAUGAUCGCGAACUCAGUGUGCCAGACUGCCAGGCAGAGCGCACAAGCGAACAAGGCUACGAGAUUAGCUGUCGAGAGAGAACUACGUGCCUACAGGAAUGAAUCAGCUCAAACGAAAAAGCUGGCUCAAAAGAAUAUUCCAGUCCAAAUUCACCAGCCAGCGCCCGAGCAGUCACAGUUAAUGCAGAUUCUCCGCUCGAUUGAGGCCCCCUGA